GUAAAGAUGGUAACAGUACGACGACUACGGCUGAUGGUACGACGACUAAAGACAAAGACGGCAAUAGUAAUACGUCAACAGCAACAAGCAAUACACUUGCUGACAAAGAUGGUAACAGUACAACCACUACAGCUGAUGGUACGACAACCAAAGACAAAGAUGGUAAUAGCAACACGUCAACAGCAACAAGCAAUACACUUGCUGGUAAAGAUGGCAACAGUACGACGACUACGGCUGAUGGUACGACAAUUAAAGACAAAGAUGGCAAUAGCAAUACAUCGACGUCUACCAGUAAUACGAUCACAGAUGGUAAGAAUACGACCACCACAACAGCAUCUGGUACAACCUAUGGCAGUGCAGACCCAUCUGAUAAAACAAGCACGAAUAUUGGUCAAAAUGGCCUAAGCUUUACAGAUGCGUCUGGUAAUAAGACAGGGCCAAGUGUGACAGCAUCAGGUAUUGAUGCAGGUAAUGAAAAAAUUACCAAUGUUGCAGAUGGUACAGUGAGCCCGACAUCUAAAGAUGCAGUGAACGGUAGCCAACUUUAUACAGCAACCACAGAUUUAACGAAUAAAGGUUUAAAUUUUGCUGAUACGAAUGGCACAGUUACGCAUAAAAACUUAGGUGAAACGUUAACGAUUAAAGGUACAGGUACAAAAGCUGAUGAUCAGUACAAUACCGAUAAUCUAAAAACAACCACAGAUAGUAAUGGCAAUAUUGUGGUUGGAUUGGAUAAAAAUGCAACUUUUGAUAGUUUAAAUGCUGGUGGAACCACAGUUAACUCAACUGGCUUAACUAUAAACAAUGGUCCAAGCAUUACGACAUCUGGUAUUAAUGCCGCAGGUACCAAAGUGACCAAUGUUGCAGAUGGUACAGAUACAUCUGAUGCUGUAAAUAAAGGUCAGCUUAAUACCUUACAAUCAGAAAUGAACAGUAAGUUUGACGAUCUUUCAACUAAAGGUAGUUCAACACAGGACAGUUCUGGAAAUAGUUCGAGCACAACAGCAUCUGGAACGACCGUUACAGAUAAAGAUGGUAAUACAAAUUCAUCUACAUCUACUGGGAAUACUGUUUCAGGUAAAGAUGGUAACAGUACGACGACUACGGCUGAUGGUACGACGACUAAAGACAAAGACGGCAAUAGUAAUACGUCAACAGCAACAAGCAAUACACUUGCUGACAAAGAUGGUAACAGUACAACCACUACAGCUGAUGGUACGACAACCAAAGACAAAGAUGGUAAUAGCAACACGUCAACAGCAACAAGCAAUACACUUGCUGGUAAAGAUGGCAACAGUACGACGACUACGGCUGAUGGUACGACGACUAAAGACAAAGACGGCAAUAGUAAUACGUCAACAGCAACAAGCAAUACACUUGCUGACAAAGAUGGUAACAGUACAACCACUACAGCUGAUGGUACGACAACCAAAGACAAAGAUGGUAAUAGCAACACGUCAACAGCAACAAGCAAUACACUUGCUGGUAAAGAUGGCAACAGUACGACGACUACGGCUGAUGGUACGACGACUAAAGACAAAGACGGCAAUAGUAAUACGUCAACAGCAACAAGCAAUACACUUGCUGACAAAGAUGGUAACAGUACAACCACUACAGCUGAUGGUACGACAACCAAAGACAAAGAUGGUAAUAGCAACACGUCAACAGCAACAAGCAAUACACUUGCUGGUAAAGAUGGCAACAGUACGACGACUACGGCUGAUGGUACGACGACUAAAGACAAAGACGGCAAUAGUAAUACGUCAACAGCAACAAGCAAUACACUUGCUGACAAAGAUGGUAACAGUACAACCACUACAGCUGAUGGUACGACAACCAAAGACAAAGAUGGUAAUAGCAACACGUCAACAGCAACAAGCAAUACACUUGCUGGUAAAGAUGGCAACAGUACGACGACUACGGCUGAUGGUACGACGACUAAAGACAAAGACGGCAAUAGUAAUACGUCAACAGCAACAAGCAAUACACUUGCUGACAAAGAUGGUAACAGUACAACCACUACAGCUGAUGGUACGACAACCAAAGACAAAGAUGGUAAUAGCAACACGUCAACAGCAACAAGCAAUACACUUGCUGGUAAAGAUGGCAACAGUACGACGACUACGGCUGAUGGUACGACGACUAAAGACAAAGACGGCAAUAACAGUACAGGUAAUACGAACCAAUCUACGGCUACAGGUAAUACAGUUAAGGAUGCUUCUGGCAAUACGAAUCAGACAACGGCAACAUCGAAUACGCUUAGUGGUAAAGAUGCGUCCGGCAAUGCGGUUAGUUCUACAACAACGGCAUCAGGAACAAACGUUGCAACAAAAGAUAGCUCAGGUGCAGAUAAAACAAGCUCAACGAUUAACAACAAUGGUUUAAGCUUUAAAGAUGCAUCUGGCACAGCAACAGGUCCAAGUGUAACAGCUUCAGGAAUUGAUGCAGGAAAUCAAAAAGUCACAAAUGUUUCAAAUGGUAGCAUUGGUUCGACAUCUAAAGAUGCUGUGAAUGGUUCACAAGUGUACGCUGCAAAUGCUUCUAUCGCAGCGGCACUAGGUGGUCAUGUACAUUUAAAAGACCUUGGGCAAUUGGUUGCAGAGCAAAUACAAGCAGCUGGUGGUGUUGCAAAAGAAUUUAAUACCAUUGCAGUCGAUGAUG